AUGAAUCCCACAAAAGCAUCACUUCUCAACUGAAAAACUAUAGGUUAUAUCCUUUCUUCUUACUCUAACUAGCCACAUUUGGGUGGUUAGGUGGUGUAAUUUUCUGACGAAAUGAGGCUUCAAGGUGGCGGCCCUACAAAGGGUCGUCAAUGUUUGCCAAGAAUAUUGACGGUGUUGGUUAUAUUGGUUGUUGCUAAUGUAGUGUCGGCUGACCCUUAUGUGUACUCUUCUCCACCACCUCCAACGUACGAGUACAAGUCACCACCGCCUCCUUCUCCUUCUCCACCACCACCAUAUGUGUACAAAUCUCCACCUCCUCCUUCACCUUCUCCCCCGCCUCCAUAUGUCUAUAAGUCACCUCCUCCUCCUUCUCCAUCUCCACCUCCACCAUAUGUGUAUACGUCUCCACCCCCGCCAUCACCAUCUCCACCACCACCCUAUGUGUAUAAGUCACCACCACCUCCCUCACCGUCUCCACCUCCACCCUAUGUGUAUAAGUCUCCUCCACCUCCAUCGCCAUCUCCACCUCCACCAUAUUAUUACAAAUCUCCUCCUCCACCAUCACCUUCACCACCACCUCCAUAUUACUACAAGUCUCCACCUCCACCUUCACCGUCACCUCCACCACCAUACUAUUACAAAUCUCCACCUCCUCCCUCACCGUCACCACCCCCGCCAUAUUACUACAAGUCUCCACCUCCUCCAUCACCUUCACCUCCACCACCAUACUAUUAUAAAUCUCCACCACCUCCUUCACCUUCUCCUCCACCACCUUAUUACUACAAGUCGCCACCUCCUCCAUCUCCAUCACCACCCCCACCAUACUAUUACAAGUCUCCACCACCACCAGUGAAGUCUCCCCCUCCACCAUAUUACUACUCCUCACCACCACCACCAAAGAAAUCACCUCCUCCGCCAUAUCUCUACACUUCCCCACCACCACCUGUUAAAUCACCACCUCCUCCAUACUACUACUCCUCACCACCACCACCCAAGAAAUCACCUCCUCCACCAUAUCACUACACUUCUCCACCACCACCUGUUAAGUCACCACCUCCUCCAUACUACUACAACUCUCCACCACCACCCAAAAAGUCACCUCCUCCACCAUAUCACUACACUUCUCCACCACCACCUGUUAAGUCACCUCCAACUCCAUACUACUACAAGUCUCCACCACCAUCAACUCAUUACUAUCCUCCACAUCAUCAAUUCGUGGUCAAAGUUGUCGGAAAAGUCUAUUGCUUUAGAUGUUAUGAUUGGAAGCACCCAAAAAUGUCUCACGACAAGAAACACCUGAAAGGGGCUGUUGUUGAAGUAACUUGCAAGGCUGGUGACAAGAAAAUUGUGAGUUAUGGUACCACUAAGAACAAUGGCAAAUUUAGCAUCACGGUUAAAGGAUUUGAAUACCGCAAAUAUGGAGCAAAGGCUUGCAAGGCUAAACUCCACUAUGCUCCUAAGGGUUCAAAGUGUAGCAUUCCUACGAACCUUCAUUGGGGAAUUAAGGGUGCUAACCUCAAAGUAAAGUCGAAGAAUAAAUAUGAAGUUGUUCUUUAUGCAAAACCAUUUGCUUAUGGCUCUAAGACACCUUAUGCCGAAUGCAAAAAGCCCAAGCCUACACCUGCUCCAUACUACUAUAAAUCUCCUCCACCUCCAUCACCGACUUAUGUCUAUAAGUCACCACCUCCCCCAACCCCGACAUACGUGUAUAAGUCUCCACCACCACCUGCUUACUAUUACAAAUCUCCACCACCACCAUCACCAAAAUUUUCAGACGAAAUGAGGCUUCAAGGUGGCGUCCCUACGAAGGGUCGUCAAUAUUUGCCAAGAAUAUUAACGGUGUUGGUUAUAUUGGUUGUUGCUAAUGUAGUGUCGGCAGAUCCGUAUGUAUACUCUUCUCCACCACCUCCGGUGUAUGAGUACAAAUCACCACCGCCUCCUUCUCCUUCUCCACCACCACCGUAUGUAUACAAAUCUCCACCUCCUCCAUCACCUUCUCCCCCGCCUCCAUAUGUUUAUAAGUCACCUCCUCCUCCUUCUCCAUCUCCACCUCCACCAUAUGUGUAUAAGUCUCCACCACCUCCCUCGCCGUCUCCACCUCCACCGUAUUACUACAAAUCUCCUCCUCCCCCAUCACCUUCACCACCACCUCCAUAUUACUACAAAUCUCCACCUCCACCUUCAUCAUCACCACCUCCACCAUAUUAUUAUAAGUCACCCCCGCCACCUUCUCCUUCACCUCCUCCACCAUACUAUUACAAAUCUCCACCACCUCCUUCACCUUCUCCUCCACCACCUUAUUACUACAAGUCGCCACCUCCUCCAUCUCCAUCACCACCACCACCAUACUACUACAAGUCUCCUCCACCACCCUCCCCAUCACCACCCCCACCAUACUAUUACAAGUCCCCACCACCACCGGCUAAAUCACCUCCUCCCCCGUACUAUUACAAUUCUCCUCCACCACCAGUGAAGUCUCCCCCUCCACCAUACUACUACUCUUCACCACCACCACCAAAGAAAUCACCUCCUCCACCGUAUCACUACACUUCUCCACCACCACCGGUUAAGUCACCACCUCCUCCGUACUACUACUCCUCGCCGCCGCCACCAAAGAAAUCACCUCCUCCACCAUAUUAUUAUAGUUCUCCACCACCACCUGUUAAGUCACCUCCGACUCCAUAUUACUAUAAGUCUCCACCACCACCACCAAAGAAGUCUUCUCCUCCACCAUACUACUAUACUUCACCGCCACCACCAACUCAUUACUAUCCUCCGCAUCAUCAAUUCGUGGUCAAAGUUGUUGGAAAAGUCUAUUGUUUUAGAUGUUAUGAUUGGAAGCAUCCAAAAAUGUCUCAUGGCAAGAAACACCUAAAAGGUGCUAUUGUUGAAGUGACUUGCAAGGCUGGUGACAAGGAAAUUAUAAGUUAUGGUACUACUAAGAUCAAUGGUAAAUUUAGUAUCACUGUUGAGGGAUUUGAAUAUCGCAAAUAUGGAGCAAAGGCUUGCAAGGCAAAACUCCACAAUGCUCCUAAGGAUUCAAAGUGUAGCAUUCCUACAAAUCUUCAUUGGGGAAUUAAGGGUGCUAACCUCAAAGUGAAGUCAAAGAAUAAAUAUGAAGUUGUUCUCUAUGCAAAACCAUUUGCUUAUGGCUCUAAGACACCCUACGCGAAAUGCAAAAAGCCCAAGCCUACACCUGCUCCGUAUUAUUAUAAGUCACCUCCACCGCCAUCACCAACUUAUGUUUAUAAGUCACCACCUCCUCCGACUCCGGCAUACGUUUACAAGUCUCCACCACCUCCAUCACCAAAACCUUCACCUAUAUACUAUUAUAAAUCACCACCACCUCCAUCACCAUCGCCUCCACCUCCUUACUAUUACAAAUCUCCACCACCACCAACUAAGUCUCCACCACCUCCUUAUUACUACAAGUCUCCACCUCCACCAUCACCAAAACCCGCACCGGUAUACUAUUAUAAAUCAUCCCCACCCCCAUCACCAUCACCACCCCCACCUUACUACUACAAGUCCCCACCACCACCAUCUCCUUCACCUCCUCCGCCAUACUACUAUAAGGCCCCACCACCACCAUCGCCAUCUCCUCCUCCACCAUACUACUACAAGUCCCCUCCUCCCCCAUCACCUUCUCCUCCUCCACCAUACUACUAUAAGUCACCACCACCACCGUCACCAUCUCCCCCACCACCCUACUACUACAAGUCUCCACCACCACCAUCGCCAUCUCCUCCACCACCA